UGGCGCGCGGCGGCGGGAGGGGGGGGGUGUCGGGUCCGAUUCCCAAGAUGGCGGCCCCCGGCUUGCUGCGCGGUGGCUGGAGCCGGCUGGUCUCCGGUCUCCUGGGGCGGGGGGGCGGCUGGGCCCGGCCUCCGGCCCGCGCGCUCCGGCAGGUUGUGGAAGUUACGGAAGGAAGUACAACCGUUAUUGAGGGCAAAAUUAUAGAAGAUGUCAAAACCCCAACUCCUCCUAACCCUUCUGGUCAGUGUCCCAUUUGUCGCUGGAACCUGAAGCACAAAUACAAUUAUGAGGAUGUCUUAUUGCUGAGUCAGUUCAUCCGUUCUGAUGGAGGGAUGCUGCCCCGUAGGAUCACAGGUCUUUGUCUGGAGGAGCAUAAGAAGGUUGCAGUGUGCAUACAAAUGGCUCACCGAGCAGGUUUGCUGCCAAACCACAGGCCACUGCUUCCUGAAGGGCAUGUUUCCAAGAAACCCAAGCUCAACAGUAGCAAAAGAUUUGAAGGGCAAGAAAACUCCAGGCUUCCCAGACAUGGAAUUAGAUCCCUGCUAGCUGACACUGGGCAUGAAAUUCCAUCUUGUGUUCAAGGCCAGAUGUAAAGUUCAAUGGUAAAAAUCCAGUGUAGUCCGUUAAAUCACUAGGAGUUGCUCUUGUGAUAUAUUUGCAGUUGUAAUUCCACUCCCAGCGCUUUUUGCAUUGCAAGUUCUGGUUUCCUGCACCAGCAUGUUGGAACACAGUUAUACAAGCACAUCACAACUAACGUGUGUGUGUGUAAUUAAUUGGCCAGAAUCCCAGGAGAAAUAGCUGCCUACCUAAUGAAAAUAGACUAACAUCUUCGGAGACUUUCAACUGAGUUGGGCCUGCCUUAUUCAGGCUGGCUGUGGAGCUGGUAUCUUCCCAAUAAGAUGGCACGGGGGGGGUGAAUUUAGAGUUGGCUUUUGAUACAGUAAGGAACUGGAUGCUCAAACUUAGCCAAACAGGAUCAGAUGGAUAACUUGCCAGGAGCCUGCACCUAAUUUACACAGAAUGGAGCUCAUGGCAGUUGCCAUUGUCUUCCAUACAGAGGUACAACCUAUGAGUCCCAGGAUGCAGUGUUCCCUUUCAGUGAUCCUUCUUGAUCCAGUGGGGAGCUUUGCUUACUGUGUCCUCUGGAGUUCAUAGUCCUUGCCUCUGAAAUAAAAAAGUGGCAGUGGCCACCCAUGCUUUAGCCAAAGCCUUUUCUCAGUUAUCAGUCUCAAAUUUGAGAUGCUUUUCUGCUUCUGUUUUUACAGGUAUCUUACCCGCUGGUCAGUCAGAUCUGCUAAGCCCAUCUGGAAGAGGGGUCCUAA